AAAAGCUAAAAGGAAUUAAAAAUAUUCACAUUGCAUCGAAAGAAAAUAAUACUCAGUUGUUGAAAAAUGGGUUAAUUUUUUGCAGGCAUGGCAAAGUAUUAAAUUUUUGCAAAAAUAUGGUCAGUGGGGGGAAAAAAUGCGCAUGGCGAUUUUGGGAGUAAAAAAUGCGCACCCAUUUCUACAGCGCUGUGGAGGAGUAACCAACAGUUGGAGAUAAGGCAUGAUAAACCAAACCUUUGAUGAUAGUUUCAAUGAAUACCAAAUCCAAAAAUAGUGCACUUUUGUUUUUCAUUACGUAUUUGAAAAGCGGAAGCUCCAAUUUAUGAUGAUAUCAAGUUUUCCAUGACAACGGUAAACUUUUCGAUUUCUCAGCUCAUUGACUGCAUUCCAAAGGUAUUAUCACAGCAUUACACUACUUCAGUGUUGAGGUCAUUGCCCAUAACCAGAUGUUGUUGCUCCUCCCAAGUGGCAUGUCUAGAGGGGCCUGCGCAUUUUUUAACCUCAAAUUUUCUGUAGUGAGGGGAAAAAAUGCGCACCAUAAAGUUAUAUUUUCGUCGGAAAAAGGCUCUGUAUCUGUUCUUAAAACAUGUGACAUAUGCAAGAAUGAAACCAUAUUUCACAACCAUAUGGAUUUGGGAAAAUUAUUUUCUAGAAACCAAGAAGUUUACAUAAAAGGUCAAGUUAUAACUUUCUAAAAAGACUUUGGAUCCUUUUCAUAAGAGCAUUUGCCUUUCUAAUAAUUCUUUUAAAAACGUAUCAAAAGACGCUUUGCAUGGAAUAUACCAAGAAGUUAUCUUGUGCAGAGGGGCAGAGGGGAAUACCUUAUCUCGGGGGGAUGUCAAAGUUUUGAUUCCGUCAGCUGAUCUAACUGUCGUCAGAUGACUAUGAUGUAAUAUUUAAAUUUUACCUUGCUGAAACAGCAAUAAGUGAAUUACAAUAGAUGCUAUUUAUGGGCCAUUUUAUGUCUUGCGUGUCUCUUGAUGGCUAUAAAAGCUUUUCCACUGAAGACAAGAUCAGUUUAUUUUAGAAGACUACAAAUUAAGUCGCAUUGCAUAGAUUGAAAGCAAAAUGCCGAGGACGUAUGUAAAAAAAGCAAAAUCUUGGCAAGAGAGCGAUAUGGAGAACGCUUUGCUAGAAGUUUCAAGGGGCGAUUUAAGCAUCAGGAAAGCUGCAAAGACAUAUGGUUUGUCAGAAUCGAACAUCCGCCGUCGAAUUGGCAAAGAGAAGAUUGGAGUGCCCGUAACACACCAAGGGCGAAAUCCGAUGCUGGACAAAGAGACGGAAAAAAAUUUGGCUGAAUGCAUCAAUGUUAUGUGUAACCUUGGUUUUAGCCCCUGCACAAGUGAAAUAUUGGAGCUGGUCACUGAAUAUGUAGCCAAGAAUAACAUCGUGGUACCUCUGUUUAAAGAUGGCAAACCAGGAAGAUUUUGGCUGGCUGCUUUUAUGAAAAGGAACAACCUUUCUCUGAAGAAGGCAGAAAUGAUCAGUGUGGCCAGAAAAUCAGCAACAGGAAACCCUUUCGUAAUAUAUGACUUUUAUGAAAAAAUUGAUGAACUGGUCAAGGAAAAAGCAUUUAAGCCUCAUCAGAUAUGGAAUUGCGACGAAUCUGGUUUCCCGAAUGACCCCCAGCGAUGCAGAGUGAUUGGGAAAAAAGGCCAACGCACAUUCAGAAUUACAUGUGGUCCCGGAAGGGAAAACACAACAACACUUGCAGUUUGCAAUGCUGCUGGCCGUGCUCUCGACCCACUGGUGGUUUUUUCCGGGAAAAAUCUACAGUCAACAUGGCGAGGAGAACGAGCACUGAAGGACACCUGGUAUGGAGUUUCAGAGAACGGAUGGAUGACAAGUGAGCUCUUUGCAUCUUGGUUUGACUUAUUUGCCAAAAAGGUCACAGAGCGUCCACUGCUGCUUGUUUAUGAUGGUCAUCUCACUCAUGUGACUCUGCCAGUUAUAGAGAGGGCAAGAUCCGAAGACAUUACUAUUGUCAAAUUGCCUCCCCAUACUACAGAUCUCCUUCAACCACUAGAUGUUGCCUGUUUCGGACCACUAAAAAGGCUAUGGGGACAGAAACUGAAUGAUUGGGUCAGCCAAUGGGGUGCACGAGAACCAGUAAGAAAAGCGCAGUUUGUCAACCUGUUGUCGGAAAUUUGGCAUCUUGGUUUAUCUUCUCAAAAUAUAAAAGCAGGGUUUGAAGCCACUGGGAUUUUUCCUGUCGAUAGCUCAAAAUACCCAAUUUCAAGGCUGGAUGCCAACAUGCUUAAAAAGUACAAGACCUGGGUUGAAUCUGGUAAACCAGAAAAUGCUCUUGACAACCUGUUGCACGAAGCAAGGACCAGUCCAAAAAAAGCAGCAUCGCCAAAGAAAAUGUCAACCCCCAAGAAGACAUCAACACCAAAGAAGUUUUCUCCAAAAAAAACAGCAUCCUUUAAAGAACAAGCUUCACCAGAUUGCCCUGCCUGUAAGGAACUUGGUCCUAUGCCAUCAAAUGCACCAGAAGGAAAGCAGUGGAUAAGAUCCUGGAUUUUAGUCAACGACCCUGUGGUUGUCGCUACAGACUCUUCACCCUCAACUUCAGCAAGUUUUGAAGAACUUAUUUUGCACAAAAUUAAGGACUCGUCAAAAAAGGAAACCAAGAAGCGAAGGAAGAUUGACCUGAAGACAAGAGUUGUGACCGAUGACGAUUUUUACAAAGCAAUUAAGGAAAAGGAAGAGAAUGAACCAAAGAAAGGAGGUAUCAGAAAAAGAGGAAGACCAAGUAAGAACGCUGUUCAAGGAGGCGCAGAAUGCAACAUCUCAGCCGGGAAGCGACGACGAACCGAAUCAAAUAUCGCAAAUGACGAAGCUAUCUCAGACGAUUCAACGGAUAGUAAUGAUUCCCAGAGUGACUGGAAAGAAACAAAUAAUGGAAAAGAAGUCGGAGAAAUACAAAAAGAGCAAAAAGGCCAGGAAUCUGCGGCAAAAAACAGAGGAAACACUGAAGAAAGUUUGGCUAUGGAGAUCAGCCUGAUAACGGAACAAAUGGAUGAUGACAAGAAAGGUCUUUUCUAUUGCGUUUAUUACGGGGACCAGUUUUAUUGGGGGAAAGUACAAAAAACGUUUGCACAGGAUCCUGAUGACAAUGCUGACACAGUAGAGAUGAACUUCCUCCGUUAUCGAGGUGAUGGAUUUUGGGAUUUCCCUAAACUGCAAGAUGUUGAAAUCGUUGAUGUGAAGUACCUGUUUCUUGGCCCAUGUCAACCAUCGCAAAUCGUCAGUGGCAAAGGAUACAAAUUCGAAGAAGAUUCAGCUGCACACUCACGAUUCAGUAUAAUAAGAAAACAUGACUUCUACGGAUGUUGAAACUAUUUUUUAUUAGCUGUAUUUUUAGCUUAUUGACAUAUGUAUUUUUUGUAUUAAAUGGAAAUCUUGAUUUAAAAAAAUUAUUUACAGCAAAUAUCAACAAAUUUAUUGAAUCAAAUCAACAUUCUUUCAUAAUUGAGAGGUGCGCAGUUUUUUGCCACAUGUGCGCAUUUUUUCUCCUUUUUGUGGUUAAAAAAUGCGCACCAGUUUUUCAUUCUUAAAAAAUAAUCUCUUAAAGAAUGGGUAGCAAUUUUUUGUUGCUAAAGGAACUUAUCAGGGCUACUUUGUAACUAUACAUAAUUUUUUCCAAUAUGUGUGAACAAUCGGGGGGAAACCGAAAAUUUCUCAAAAAUGCGCAUUUUUUCCCCCCACUGACCAUAUAGUAAUUUACUCAGAAAUAUCCUGUUCUGCAGAUUUUAUUUGAUAUUUUACAAAAUCCAAGUCUCUUACCCCUGUGGAAUGUAACAGGCGAAGGAGAACACAAAUCUACAAAAAAAAAUUCAGAUUUUAUUUCAAUGACUGAAAAAUAAUAGCAAGAACAAAGGAAAAUAUGAAACAAUAAGGUCGGGAAAACAUCUUGUGGAUAUCAGCAUAAUUUUGAGAGGAAAAAGUUUAGUCUAGGAUAGAUGGCAAUAUAAACGAAAAGAGGAUGCAUUUUUAUAGGGUCUGCUUUGUUUGAGGACCAGUUUUGUGACUGACUCAGAACUAUCAUGAUAAUUGCUAAUUGUUCUUCCACAUCACUAGUGGCUUUGGUUGCAGUUUCAAGAAAUGUCCUGUAGCUUUCAAGUAUUUCUGGUAACUCCAUAUGAGAGCAGGGGCAUAUUUCCAGCGGUUAGGACACAUUUUGUUUUUUAUGAUAAGUAAAUGGCUCUCAAAAAAGAAAUACUUUCUAUAAAAUAUUGUAUUCAAUUUAGCAAAGAUAAAAUAAAGAAAUUAAUCUUGAAUUUGGGUGUAAAGAGAUAAAGUUUUACUUCACUUUUCAAGUUUAUCACCUUCCCAGGGUCUUGGGGAAAUUAAUUUUGCAAGAACAAUAGCUUUUGUGAAUUUUUUUUACAAAAAUAGUCGGUUAUCAAUUUUUGCUAAUGGGCCAAAUUCGAAUUCUUAAUAGGAAUCUAUUAAAUAUCUGCCGAUUUUCAAUAUUCUUAGGUUGGACAUCUGGAUAAUUGAUGAGACCUUUAUUCCUCAAAAUUGACUGUUUUGCGCAAGCGAUCAAAUGCUUGCUUGGUUGGGUUUGGGCGUAAAAGGGUUUGAGUAAGCCAGUUGAAACCUCUUACCUUUCAACAGUUGGCAUCUUGUAACAUCAAUGGAUCCAUCUCUUAAAAACAAAGACUAUCAAACGUUUUUUACCAUUAGAAAAGGUAGCAGAAAAGGAAAUCAUUUUCUACUGUGAUACCAUGGUUGAUAUUUAUUCCAUGUUAGCAAGAUUUGUUUAAGUUGUUUCUUUGAGAUUUAAAAUGCAUUUACCAGCACAGACCUGCAGUGUCAAAAAAGUAGCAAUAACUGUAUUACUGCAUAGCAUAUCUCAAACUUGGUUUCCCCAUUGUCAGUCUUUCUCUGUAUAGUUUGCAAUAUGCAGUUCCAUCCUUACUGAGACUCGAAAAAAUGAACCAGAGGGAGAAUAAUAACUCAAAAGGACAUAUAGGUGAUCACAACGAUAUUAUAACAGGAGUUAAAUAAUAGAAAGUUUGUGGACAAAAUACACAUUUUUGAAUAUUCCCAUGUCAUAUUUCGAAGAUCUGCCGGGUCUCCAAAAAGGUAUCUACAUAAGGAGAAAACCUUAUAGAGUCCAAAAAAGCUUAAAGAAGAAACCUUGUAAGGAUCCCGAAGACAAAUCCAUCAGCACCAUGACUUUUAAAAAUUGUUAUUUCCUUUUUCAUGACAUCAAAAUCAAGUCCACUAUACAGAAAAUCGCCACCUCUUGGUCUUAUCAUGACGAAAACUGGGAUCUUCACUAGUUCUUUGAUUUUUAUAAACAACCCUGGAAAUUGAGAAUAACAAAGUUGCCAAGAAAGCUAGCCUGCAAUGGUUCAUUUCUUUAAACAACAGAAAGAUAAGGAAAAUUGGCUU